UAUAUAUCUUUGACUCUUACAGAAAUUGUGUCCGACACAAUUCAUUCCGUCCAGAUUGGAGAGUGAAUGCAUUCAGGGAGAAGGGAUGGACUUUAUUUUCCCUACAGAAGAAUGCAAUCCUAUAUCCACCACGAAAGAGGAAAAGAUACACUGUUAUGCUAGUUGGGAGGACGAACACUGGAUGUACCUUAUCAUGAGCCAGCCAAGGCAGUUACCGCCAAAAUUUGCCAUGACUUUUCCAAAGACCAUAGGCGACGCAACCUUCACGGCGAACUUAUACGUCGGUGCCGUAGCACCCAUCGGAUCCACUGGUGUCCCUCCACGCAAUGUAACGCACCUGGAAAUGUCGAUGACCAGGACGUCCGCCGAGUUAUGUUUCGACGUCAAUCCAACGGACUGUCAAAAUUUCAAAUCUCUUGGAAUGUGCUCUGACCCAAAUUACAGUGAUCCUUGCAAGAAGAGUUGUAACCUGUGCGACCGAGCUCCAAAUCCCGCCCCUACCCAGAACCUAGCAGAAGACAUUCGGGGUCAGUGGGUGCAACAGGAAGUCAUUGAAAACUUUAACCUGAAUAUCAACCAAACACAUGUCCAUUCUCCUGAGCUGGGAACGUUCUCUUGUAUAGGCAAGAAGUAUGAAGGGCAAGAAUACAAGAUGGUUUCAACUUUUGGCAAUGGAUGCCGUCCACGAUACACAUGUAUGUCCUUCAAGAGAGCUAACCCAAAUGUCCUCAAGUAUCGACUUUCAAAAAGCGUCAGAUCCGACGAACCACUAGAAACGAUCUGCAGUUUUUCCAACGACCCUGCUCCCCUGAACGCACUAAUCAGAAGUGCUUCUUUCAAAAAUCUAGUCGCUGCUGUGGAACGAGUACCCGUUCCCUGUGGGUUGCCAGGCAAGACCCCCUUUGACGCCAUGUUCAAAGGCCGGGGUGCGUCAUGCACGGGGCACAUUGGGGAGUACGACCAAACCACGUGCACGUCCAAUGAGACUUCACUAUGGCUGUUCUUGGACAAGAAAGGAGACUGUAGCGAGCCAAAAGGACUCGAUCAAGGGUUUACUUGCCUGGCACACCUAAAAGUGCCACAGAAAACAAGUGGAGAUGAUACUCUUAUUAUUACCGAGGACAAAAACAGAGCAUUUAACCAGAGCAGAUUUAGGUGCUGGGUGUUAACGAACUAUACAGGCUCUGGACCAACAGACAGAAAAGGACCAGUAUUAUAUCAAAUGCCCUCCCCACAGUGUGACGAGGGAACGCGGAGAGAUGUCACGAUAAGUGACACACAGUCGGCAUCAUAUUACCUAGAUUUAGAAAACCGGUCAAAUCCAACAAACCAAUCAUACUGCAAGACGGCUACUAAGGUCAACUCGAAAGGUGGAGCCACCAGCAUAAGCCAGACGAUGAUUAGUCAAAGUUUCGUUUAUUUAGUUUUAAUAUUGUUUCUACGCUGUUUUCAUUAAAAUGAUGUAAAGAUGGAAAGUAACAUUUGAUAAGUCCGUGUGCAGGGGAGUGAAAUAAAGUUUACAGAUAUCGUCACGUACGAGAAAGUUUUGUACAGAGAAUUCUUGUACAUGCAGUGAAUAACUGCUUAAGUAGGUCGCUUUAGAAUUAGGGAGAAAUGUGCGUGUGUAAACUAAUUAAAAUUCUUAAUAGACAGAUGUACCGUUUAAUGUGUAAAACAGAAAGAAGUAUGAGUCUGUUCUUCUUUUAACAAGCAAAUAAACCUUUCUGUUCUUUAGAAAUACUGGAAUCGCCUGUACAGUAUGUGUUGAAAGUUCAUUCCAACAUGUGUCAAUUUAAUCACCCAGCGAGCUUUAUCACUGCUCAUUUUUUAAAAAAUUCUUAAUAUGGCCAAUACUUAUGGUGAGGCUUGAUUUGUUAUGUCCUAAAAGUAUGAACAUUGUUAGUCCAGAAUGCAACAAAAACAACUCUGGAACCGUGCGUGGUUCCACUCACGUGAAUGUACCAAGAAUGUAGGUGCCAGAAGUGACAACAUUCAUCGGAGAUUGAUUAAGAAAUAGAAGUUUAACUGUGAUGUAAAUGCCCCAUGCUCUCAAUUGUCUAGAAGCGUUGUGUAAUUUAAGUUAACCGACUCCUUUACGAUAGCCAAUUCCAUCUCCCAAUGGACUUCAGGGUUGCCACCAUUAAAUGCAAAGGCAUUGCUUAUCAUGUUAUAGAUAAAAUAAGAACACCUAAAAGGUGACCCACGGUUUAAUCAAAAUAAGGUUUAGGAACCAGGGUAUUGCGAAAUGUCUACAUGCGUCUUCCUUUUCGAGAACUCAAAUCGUUCCUGAAAUGCACCAUUUGUUGUAAUGCUUAGUGGCAUUUCUCUGGCUUAUAGUUAAAAUAGUCGAAUUCAUAAACGUUUGCAAAGAUAUGGUACUGGUAGAUGUACACGAAAUGACACAAUGUAAUAAUUAUAAGAUAUUUUUUUCCAUAUUUCAAUAUGUAUUGCCAUGGCAAGUUUAGUAAAAUCAGCUGUGUCUAUAAAACAGUGGAUAUACGCAUAUUUAUUUAUAUGUAAUCGUUGCUAAUGGACGCCCAUGGUGAUAACUUGCUGAUUGUAAAUAUUUAGUAAGCAUUUCAUACUUACGGUGCUCGCUUAUUAUUGUUCAUCAUUUUAUCUUCACAACGUUGUUUUACGUUUAGUUAUGUAAACGUAACAUACGCUGGUAAAAUGCCAACGGUUUUAAUUUGGGCCAGCUUUAAAGUUACAGAUACAUGUGCAAUGUAAGAAAUAUAAAUGUAUGCUCGUUAUUAUUAAGUCGCUUAUUACUCCGUUUUGUUCAGCAAACAACACGCAUUAGAACCACCUUCUCGUUUAUUUCAUGGUAGAGAACAUGUCAGCGGCAGUCCAUCUGAACUAGGACUCGGUAUUGAGUUCUAGAUCUAAAGGAGAUUUGUGGAUCGAUUGUCGGACAGUUGACUGUCUUUGAAAUCAAAUACUACCAAACUUGAGCUUACUGUGGCACCACUGCAUAACUUGCAAAUAACAAGUUGACACGGUCCAAGACAACCGCACAAAUUUAAUUUAAAGUAUAUCAAAAUUGUGUAAGAUUUAUGUUAUGUAAGACCACAACGUUUGUAUCGUUGAGGGUGUUUUAAAUGAAAAUUUUACGUUUUAUUGGAAUAUAUUUACGUAUAAGUGUCGUACACCACGUCGUUAAAAAUGGUCAUGAACAGUUAAUGAGAAAUAACAAGAAAGAAAGAGAAAGAAAUCGCCGCCAACGACGAUUUGGUUCUUUGUACUACCUAAUGGUUGCAUGCAGUAGGUGUAUGAAUUGAAAAGGUGCUAUCACAUCCAAUAAUGAAAAAUUGACAAGGACAAAAUGAUGGGAAAAGUGUAUAUAUUUUCUAUCUUCGCCAUUUAAUACAUUUAAGUAAAUAUUGUAAGUUGUGUUAUA